AUGUCAACCAACGAGCUGAUCUCUUACGACGAGGCCCAAAACUCAGCCUUUGACAAUGUCCUCCAUCGAAAAUCAAAAGAGUCAAGGGGAGGAAUGCGCGCCAUGAUAAACAAAGACAACAAAGCCCACGCUGCCGCAGUCGACGAGUACUUUCAGUAUUUCGAUAACAAGAAAGCUGAGGAUGAAGUAGCAGCUGUCAGACAGGAGAGAACUGAUAACUAUGCGAGUUUGACAAGACAAUACUACAACCUCGCAACAGACCUUUACGAGUACGGAUGGUCUCAGAGUUUUCAUUUCUGUCGAUUCGCCUACGGUGAACCCUUCCAUCAAGCUAUCGCCCGACACGAACAUUACCUCGCCCACAACAUCGGUAUCAAACCUGGGAUGAAAGUCCUCGACGUUGGAUGUGGUGUUGGUGGACCUGCUCGAGAAAUCGUCAAGUUCACGGGAGCCCAUGUUACUGGUUUGAAUAUCAACGAGUAUCAAGUCUCACGCGCCAGUAUCUAUGCUGAGAAGGAAGGGUUGUCUGACAAACUCAAAUUUGUUCAGGGCGAUUUCAUGAAAAUGCCCUUUCCUGACAACUCAUUCGACGCCGUCUAUGCCAUCGAAGCAACCGUCCACGCUCCCUCCUUAGAAGGCGUCUACAGCGAAAUCCGACGCGUCCUCAAACCCGGCGGUAUCUUUGGCGUAUACGAGUGGCUCAUGACAGACGCCUACGACAACGAUGACCUAGAACAGCGACGUAUCCGUCUCGACAUUGAACUGGGUGACGGUAUUGCACAGAUGUUCAAGAUCGACCACGGUCUAUCAGCCAUCAAAGCAGCAGGUUUCGAGCUACUCCACCACGAGGAUCUCGCAGCCACAGAUGACGGACCAGCACCGUGGUACUGGCCGUUGGACAGUGACAUGCGAUAUGCGCAGAGUUUGGGUGAUCUAUUGACAGUGUUUAGAAUGAACAAAUGGGGGAGGUUGGUGAUGCAUAAUUUGAUUGGAUUGAUGGAGAUGUGCAGGAUUGCGCCGCAGGGGACGAGGAAGACGGCUGAUGGAUUGGCCAAGGGGGCGGAUGCUUUGGUUGAGGGUGGGAAGAGGAAGUUGUUUACACCCAUGUACUUGAUGGUUGGGAAGAACCCUGAGACCACAAUCUAG